AUGGCAACCGCAUCUAUCUCCGCUCACUACUUUCCGGAAGAGCCUAAGGAGCCUAUUGUUAACACAGCAAGCAACUCCCAAUCCAAAUCCAAAGAGGCAAUUGAAAAAUUAAGCAAGAAAUUUGAUGCUCGUGGUGUUUACUUUGUUGCCGAUUAUGCUAAAUCAAUUGGUAACUAUAUCGCUGAUGUAGAUGGUAACAUGUACUUAGAUGUCUAUGCACAGAUCUCGUCAAUUGCAUUGGGUUAUAAUAAUCCAGCAUUGAUUGAUGUCGCCAAGUCCGAUAAAAUGAUUAGAGCCAUCGUUGAUCGUCCAGCAUUGGGAAAUUUCCCAGGCAAUGAUUUAGAAGAAAUCGUUGGGGACAUUUUGAAGGUUGCACCAAAAGGCCAAGAUAAGGUGUGGUCUGGAUUAUCUGGAGCUGAUGCUAAUGAAUUAGCAUUUAAAGCUGUAUUUUUUUGGUAUCAGUCGCAAAAGAGAGGAUACAGAGCGGACUUUACGGCACAGGAAAUUGAAUCCGUUAUGAAGAAUCAAGCUCCUGGUUCACCAGAGUUGGCCAUCUUAUCGUUUGAACGUGCUUUCCAUGGUCGGUUAUUUGCAUCCGGUUCAGCCACUUGCUCGAAACCAAUUCACAAAUUAGAUUUACCAGCAUUCAAGUGGCCAAAAGCUCAAUUCCCAUCCUACAAAUAUCCAUUAGAAGACAAUGUCGAAGUUAAUAAAAAAGAAGACGAAAGAUGUUUACAGAUUGUUGAAGAUUACUUUAAAACUUGGAGUGUCCCAAUUGCCGGAAUUUUAGUUGAGCCUAUUCAGUCAGAAGGUGGUGAUAACCACGCCUCGGCAGAAUUCUUUCAAGGCUUGAGAGAUAUCACAUUGAAGAAUGGCGCUCUUUUGAUAAUGGAUGAAGUGCAGACUGGUGUUGGUGCCACUGGAGUCAUGUGGGCUCAUGAAAAAUUUGAUUUACAACCGCCUCCAGAUUUAGUCACAUUCUCCAAAAAAUUUCAGUCGGCAGGAUACUUCUUCCACGACCCUGAAAUCAUACCAAACCUCGCCUAUAGACAGUUUUGCACUUGGUGUGGUGAUCCAGCAAGAAUGAUUUUAGCUGGAGGUAUUGGUAAGGAAGUUGUCAAGCACAAUUUACCAGCACGAGCAGCUCAAGUGGGAGACUACUUGUACCAAAAGUUGGAAGCUUUGCAACAAAAGUAUCCAAAAUACUUGCGUGACUUGAGAGGUAAAGAUAGAGCUACUUUUAUUGCAUGGUCUUUGGAAAAUAGCGCAACAAGAAACAAAUUUUUGAGUGAUAUGAAGAAUGCAGGUAUCAAUAUUGGUGGCUGUGCUGAAGACUCUGUUAGAUUGAGGCCAACAUUAGUCUUUGAAGAAAAGCACGCCGAUAUACUUGUUGCCGCUAUUGAAAAAGUUUUGUCAACCUACUAA